AUGAGAGUGAUCAAAGAUUCUGUUCCUCUGUCAAAGAGUGCAACUACUUUGGGGAUUUCCAUUCGUCCUGUUACACCUUCCAGACCUACCUUCCAGAGCAUUAUACCUUCCAGACCUAACUUCCAGAGCAUUACACCUUCCAGACCUACCUUUCAGAGCAUUACACCUUCCAGAGCAUUACUCCUUCCAGACCUAACUUUCAGAGGCAUUACACCUUCCAGACCUACCUUCCAGAGCAUUAUACCUUCCAGACCUACCUUCCAGAGCAUUACACCUUCCAGACCUACCUUCCAGAGCAUUACACCUUACACAUUCCAGGCCUACCUUCCAGAGUAUUACACCUUCCAGACUUACCCUCCAGAGCAUUACACUUUCCACGUCCUGUUACACCUACCACACUUACCUUCCAGAGCAUUACUCCUUCCAGACCUAACUUCCAGAGCAUUACACCUUCCAGACCUACCUUCCAGACCUACCUUCCAGAGCAUUACACCUUCCAGACCUAACUUCCAGAGUAUUACACCGUCCAGACCUACCUUCCAGAUACACCUUCCAGACCUAACUUCCAGAGUAUUACACCUUCCAGACCUACCUUCCAGAUACACAUUCCAGACCUACCUUCCAGAGCAUUACACCUUCCAGACCUACCUUUCAGAGCAUUACACCUUCCAGACCUACCUUCCAGAGCAAUACACCUUCCAAACCCACCUUCUAGACCUACCUUCCAGAACACUACACCUUCCAGACCUACCUUCCAGAGCAUUACACCUUCCAGACCUACCCUCCAGAGCACUACACCUUCCACGUCUUGUUACACCUUCCACACCUACCCUCCAGAGCAGAAUGACCUCAUACAGGUCCCAGCGCCUGGCCUCAGCCCUCAACUCUGCAUUUUCCAUUCCGUGA